CGUGCGUGAGGUGACUCUAGUGUUGGCGUCACGGCGCAAGUAGGUCUACCGCGAAGACAAGGCGCCUGCGCACGGGGUGGUGAGGGGGUCACCAGAUUGAACAGCGGUCGAUUGGAAGGGUCAGCGUUCGCGAAGGGGACGCGUGGACAGCUUGCUACAAUGGCACUAGAGAAGUGCCAAGCUGAAUGGGAAGAGCUGGAGAAGGAGUUUCAGCAGCUGCAGGAAACUCAUAAAAUAUACAAACAGAAACUUGACGAACUGACAAACCUCCAAACAAUAUGUAGCAGCUCGAUCAGCAAGCAGAAAAAGAGUUUCAGCGAUCUUAAGUACAGCUUCCAUUUGUGUAAACGAACAAAGAAUGCAGAUGAAUUAGAAAUUAUCCGGAAUAUUGAAUGUCAGAUCAAAGAGCGAAAAAAUGUUUUCUUUGACAUGGAAGCCUAUUUGCCAAAGAAAAAUGGGUUGUAUUUAAACCUCGUACUUGGGAAUGUGAAUGUGACUCUGCUCAGUAAUCAGGCAAAGUUUGCCUACAAAGACGAAUAUGAAAAAUUCAAGUUGUAUUUAACAAUAAUUCUGUUGCUAGGUGCUAUAACAUGUAGGUUUUUACUAAAUUAUAGAGUGACCGAUGAGAUCUUCAAUUUUUUACUUGUCUGGUACUACUGCACAUUGACCAUUAGGGAAAGCAUUCUAAUUAGUAAUGGCUCAAGAAUUAAGGGAUGGUGGGUUUCACAUCAUUAUGUGUCAACAUUUCUCUCAGGGGUUAUGUUAACAUGGCCAGAUGGAUUGAUGUAUCAGAUGUUUCGAAAUCAGUUCCUGGCAUUUUCUAUUUAUCAAAGCUUUGUGCAGUUCUUACAAUAUUACUACCAGAGUGGAUGCCUCUACAGACUCAGGGCUUUGGGCGAAAGGAAUCACCUGGACCUCACAGUAGAGGGGUUCCAAUCUUGGAUGUGGAGAGGCCUGACAUUUCUUCUCCCUUUUCUCUUCUUUGGACAUUUUUGGCAGCUGUACAAUGCACUGACAUUGUUUGGAUUGUCUAGACAUACAGAAUGUAAAGAAUGGCAGGUGUUCAUGCUGGCACUCACCUUCCUCUUGCUAUUUUUGGGUAACUUUCUCACCACUUUGAAAGUGGUCCACCAGAAAUUUCACAAAAACAAAGACAAAGCCAGGAAGAAGGAAUGAGUCCAGUUGGUGCACAGAUUUCAGAGAGAAACUGAACACUUCUCUUCUGCUAUGCCUCAUCUCACCCCACAGUAAUUUUAGGGGCUUUGAAUGCUUGAAAGUGUGUAAAGGAAAUAUUACUGAUUUGCUGGUAUUGAGUUGCUACCAUCCUGUUUAGCUGUUACACUGUGAGAUCUUGUGAAAUAAGACUUGUAAUUCUACUUGUGGAGGUGGCCUAAGACUAGAUUUCAAUGUCAGAUUUGCAAGCUACUCAAGUCAGCCAUGGGAAUGUUGUUUGGGAGAAUACCAUAUGUUCAAAUUAAGUAAUUUAUUGGAAAAUAUUUCUGAAAUUGAGGGGGAUAAAUAACUACUUAGAGGGGGUUAAGAGAGAUUUUUUUUAAGGAUUUUAAACACUUUUGAAGCCACUACUGAGUUUUGGUGUGCUAUACUGAUUUUAGGUGCCUCUCUGCUGCUUCAGGUGUUUUAUUUUUUUUAUAUAUGAAAUAUGAAAAGCAAUGGAAUGGGAAAAAGACAACUAACUAUACAUGGGAGGAACAUAAUGAUUAAUUUCUUCUCUUUCAGGGAAAUCUGCAUUUGAGCCAUGUUUCAUUGCAUGUAAAAUGGAGUUAAAACCUUAUAGCAUUGCUUCGACUGUCGGCAGUAUUUUUUACUGCUGUUUUUAAACUUGUACUUAAAACUUAAAAUGGAGAGCUCAAAGCUCAUAAUGCAGUAUUUUGGUGUCCUAAGUUCAGACAUCGUUGCUGGUGUUUGAAUAUUCAGCAGUAUCAUUUUCAGUGCACAGCACCAUGAUAGCUUUGUAAAUGUUGACUUGUGCAUCAAAAGGUUUUAGAGAGCAGCAUUGUUUAUUCAAAAGCUACAUGACCUGUGUCAGUUUUCGUAUUUGACUAAGAUUAAGGGAGCUGUGGAAUUGAAUUGUAAAGUUUUUAAUGAUUGCAUGGACCAAUUCAGAAUGGUGGUUCUGCACUGUUAAUGUAAAUUUAUGCUGCCUUACUUAGAAAUACAGCAAAAUGUUAAUCUCAAAGGCCAAUGCAAAGUCAAAUGAAGGUCUGAUAUGCUUCCUCUGCCUAGGUUACAUUUUUAAUGUAAUACAAUCACUCAGCUAAUAGAAUAAUUAUAUAGGAUAACACGAAUUAAAACAGGAGGCGGCAAGGUGUAAAUCUCUAUGCCCCAUCUUGUACAGUUAAAGAAGUGAGGUCGGUUAUAGAAGAUGGGAUACAACGAUUUAGAGAAAAAAAUCCUUUAUACCACAGACCUAUUAUCCUCCACCCCUUCAUUUUUAUUAGAAUUGAGUAAAUGGGAGAACUUCUAGCCAGUGUAAUAGAGGGAUCUUGUAUUUUUCCUUGUUGUAUUUAUUUGUGUUGCUUUGGAAAAUCCUUGAAAUCUAACAUUUGUUUUAGUCUAUCUUAGUAUUCUGUUUUUGAUGUCCUUGACCUAUCAAAACAGUAUUGCAUUUCACAUCUUUAAAGUAAUGUUUUAGACAUUUCCUACUAUUUUUUAGAAAACCCAUCUUUUUAAGUCCACCACCAUAAAUUGCAUGUUACCAUACAUUAAAGAUGUGAACAUGGGAGGUGUCACAUUUAUUAUUUCUCAUCUGCAAUGUUAAAACCAAGGACUUGAGUCCUCUGCUACCAGGAGUUUUAAUAAUCCUUACUUUGUGUUGCAUGCAUAAAUCUGACAUAAUAAUUAAUAUAUUUUAAUCCUCCUAUGGAGGAGAACCUUUUAUAAAUUGGUAACCACAAGCUUGUGUUUUUCAUUCAUACUAAAAUGUGUGCAAGUUGAGGUGGGGGGGAAGAGGAGAGCGACUUUGUACAGAGGUGCUACAUUUGUUAAAAUGUAAUUCAGACCCAAAUUUGGCCGCUACUUACGCACAGUAAUUGAGAAACUGUUUAUGUUUAAAAUAUAUAUAUAUAUAUAUAUAUAAAUUUUUUCUUUUCUGAGCCUGAUCAUGAUCUUUUUUUUUUAGUGGUUAUGCCUGUGUCCCUGAAUUAGAAAUUUGUCUAUGGUAUUAUAAUGUAUCUGAAUGAUGAAAAGGGAAAAAAACAUUUUUUUCUUAAUGUCUUGAAAGAAAGAUUUAUUGGAUGUUGCUGUAAAAUAAAACUUGAAAGCAAGUAUUUGGCA